UAAAUAUAUUAACAAUUUGCAGUUAGUGUUGCAACAGUGUGUGUUCCAUUAACAAGAUGUCGCGUUUUUUGUCGCUUUUUACCCUACCUUGUCUCGUUUUGUUUGUCAUAGUCACCGCAGACGACAAAUAUUUCGCAAUCAAAAACCAAGACACCGGUCUAGCUCUGGACGGCAAGGAGGAAUCAGUAAAAACCCGACGUUUCAGCAAUUCUGACACUCAAUUGUGGAAAAUGGUGCCGUCUAACAGCAACAGGAACGUCAUCGUUAAUAAAGCUAACGGUAAAGCUCUCACGGCGAGGCACCAAGACGGAUCUACAGUUCGAGUAGUGGAUCCAGACGGCAGCAGGGGGCAGCAAUGGUACGUGAACCCCAGUGGAAGCACAUUCGUUAACGCCGUGGGAAAUCGGGCCAUAGAUGCCAAGGACGGCACUGGCGGGAAUUUGGUCAUAGUGUGGCCACAAAAUGGAAAACCGUGCCAGAUUUUUGAGCUAGAUUACGACUUUUGAAAUUUUCUUAGAAAAUUCAAGCUUGUAUGAUUAAAAUAAUAAUUCUAAAAUAUC